AUGGAUUCGCCAAAAAUCGUUUACAAAUAUUAUUCAAACCCCGCCUUUUGUGCUCAAAGCGAGGUGGUUUUCGCGCAAAAAUCUUGCGUCACAAAGAUCGUCUCCCCGAAUAGAAGAAUGCCUCCAUUAGGAGGCAAUUCUCCCAGAAAAAAUGAAAUCGACAACCGAAUAGUCAGAACCGAUAUUUCUGAUAAUCCUCUACGGUUGACACCUGGUGCAAGAAUGAGGGAAGAGCCUCCAGAAUUGCCUCCAAAACCGCCAAAGUACCAAAGGCAGUUUCAAAGACAAGCGUCCUUAAUCUGCAAGCCGACUAGACAAAUCGUACGAUGUAGAACACGCAGUGAGGAUUUAGAAAUGGCGCAAUUAAGGCAAAGACAGACAACAAAAUAUGAAAGAAACGCUGAUAGCGAUGACGGUCUAGAAGAUAAUAGACUGAAACAUAGAUAUGAAGUUAUCAGAGACUUUGAUGAUCUCACAGACUAUUCACCGACAAAGAAGAGAAUAGUAGAAGCUGACGCUAGUGAAAUAGAAGAGUAUAAUGUAGAUGGACCAGACCAAAAUGAAUUGAAAGAAAUACCAACGGAAAUAGUAAAAACGGUAAACGGAAAGACGCAUAGAUACGCGAUAGUGCCCUCCGAUGAUGAGGAGCCGAGGAAAAUGAACGUAACAUUCUCAUCUCCAAUUAUGUCGCAGAAGAACCUGAUAGCGACUCAAAAACUCCAUGAGUUGCUAUCGACACCCAGGAAAUUAAAAAGUUAUGCGAGCCAACCUUCAGUGAUAAUGACACCGAACAAACAGACAAGUCCAAACACGUAUAUAGAUACUCCGAGGAAGUUUAUCGCAAGUACACCAACAAAAGGGGUUACACCUUCUAAAUCUUGUGCUAAUUUAACUCUGAUGAGAGUUGGUACCUCCCCAAUCUCACCAAAAGCGCAACAGAAAUUAAAUUACGGUUUACCCGAAGAGUUGGAAAGGCAAGACGUAUUUGUGACAAGUAUAAGAGAUAAAAGUCGUGAUAGGAGUUUUGAUAUGGACAGGAGAGAAGCGAGCCGAGACAGCAGAAUAAAAUACGAUGCUAAAGGAAGAGAUGGUCAAAGGAGAGACAAAAAUACAGCUAUCAUUAUGCCCAGAGUGGCUCCACAAAGUCCGUCCGUGUACUCUGAAGAAACGUACAAAUCGCUAUCAAGCCUGAAGGCAGUGAAUAGUUCGUUAGCUUCGUUAACUAUUGCUGCUCUAAUGUUGACGUUAUGCGGCGGUUUGACAACAGGACUAAGCUUUUAUAUGAUGUAUAGCAUGGGUCGCCGUUUCUACCUCGACUUCGGUGUGCUGUCAGGCUUUACAUGUUUUCUGCUAGGACUGUUGGGCUUGAGAUCGCGAAGAAGUCAGCUGUUGCCUAAUAGAAAUUACAUUUCUGGUUACAUAGUACUCUCUUCGUUCUCUCUACUCAGCGCCUUUGGUUUGCUCAUUUUGCUGACGGUACAACCGAAGCCCGGCACAGCGCUCAAUGACAUCACCUCAGGAGCCGUGUGUAGUAUCAGCAUACUUUCUUUGUGCCUCGCAACAAUCGGUUUGCUAGCUUCAUAUUGUUGCGCUAGAGAUCCACCUGAUAACAGAGUUGGUACAACUAGGUGGUAUUAG